AUGGCGACGCCGACGCCACUCUCCGUGGAGGACGUGCUGCGCGUCAACGGCAGCCGCCGCUUCGCCGCCGCGAUGGCGGCCGCCUCCCACGCCGACGCCCUCCUCGCCGCCCGCCGCAUCUGGCUCAACGAGCUGCGCGCGCUCGGUUCAUCGCUGAAUCGGAUCAAGGUCGACGUCAACGGAUGGGUACCAGAAGUCCAAUGUGGUCGCUGUUUGAGUUAUUUCAUAAAGGAAAUAGAAGUUAUUCAUUACUAUCAUAUAUUCGCUACUGGGCAUGCCUCCAAGGAGCAAUCUAUCCCAUGGCCGGGUCUUGUUGUUUCUGUACUAAAGGAUGUAGAGGCAGUUGUUGAGGUUGCUGCCCAGCACUUUGUUUUUGAUGAUCGCAAGUGGAGCUUCCUUGCUGUUACGGAAGCAGUGAAAGCAGGUGUCAGGUUAGCCGCUUUCCGGGAGAGUGGAUACAAGAUGCUCUUACAAGGAGGGGAGGUGGCAAAUGAAGAAGAGGUGACCGUUCUUGAAGAUAAUCAUGGAGUAAAUGGUAAUGGAGUUCCAGUCAUCUAUCUAAUGAAUGGGCAUUCCCAAAAUGGUCAGAAAGCAGUGACCAACGGUCUGGAUGGAAAAAAUGAAUUUGUAUCUAAGAGUCUUGAGAGAAGAGCAGUAGCUGCUUUGAACAAGUUUGGCGAGAAUGCAAAGAUGAUGUCUGAUCCUAUGUGGCUGAGGAGGCUCCAACCUGCGCCCGAGCCAACUGUCUCAGUUGUCGAGAAGCCAACUUUGGUAAGUAUUUGGUCUGCUAAAGGGGGUACUGGGCCCUUAUUUGUCUUAGGGGAGGUUGUUCACAUAUUCAGGCCACAUGUUUAUGUACUUCUGAUCAGAAAGUUUGGAAUCAGAUCAUGGACCACCUGGUUAGUGUCGCUAGCUGUGGAACUGACAAGUCUUGGCCUCCUUGUUUUAUUUACAUCCCUUGAUGUACAGUUCCUAGGAAGAUUGAGAUUUCCUGAACUGCAGGGAGAUUAUCACGUGACUGCAAAGCCACCUUUGUUGAUCUGAAUAGGCUUGUGUUCAUAGCCAUUGUGGGUA